UCACCGCGCAUUGAGUGCAUCUUUGUGGUGCGGAUACUAGCGCGCUAUAAAACUACAGUAUCAUCAAGAGAAACCUGGAUACAAAAUAUGUCUGAAUGACUGAAUGACUAACUGACAUCAUUUCAGGAGGCAAGUACAAGAUCAGGCAGCCGCUAUGGGGCAGCAAGUCCCCCCGCCACGUCCCCCGCAAAGAGGACAGGCCGCCGCUGUGGGGCAGCAAUUCCCCCCGCCACCUCCCCCGCAGCCGGCAGUGCCUGAACCCGACACCACCACUCCCCACUACCCGCAGCCUCGUCGCCACCCGCGGACAAUACUCCGGGAUAGGCAGCGCCGGCUGCUGGAGGCGGAGUUCCAAAGGAAUCACUACCCCGGGGUGGAUGUCCGCGAGGACCUCGCCAGGCAGACGGGGCUGUCGGCAAUAAGAGUGCGGGAGUGGUUUUCAAACCGCCGGGGGACGUGGCGGCGAGAACAGGCGGCCAGAGCAGACGAGUAACCCUCUCCUUCUGUGGUCUGGCUGUGCAACUGACUGUUGAGCACUGCGAAGAUGAAAAGAUUCUUGCACAAGAUUUGCACGUUGCUGGCAAGGAUAAAGACAAGCAGAUGGAGGCAGUCAAGGAUAAGCAUUAUCCAUCUGUCCUUACAGACAACAGAGCAUCUCAUCUGCAGGUUAUAGAACCUGAAACUGAUCCUUGUGUGGUGCAUGCUAAAGCUCACGAAGAUGCACAUGACCAAGUUUGCUUGGCAGUGCCUCCUGUUGUUGUAGGUGAUGUAGAAACAGAUACCAGCAGUAGUGCUACAUCUAUUUCUGUUCUGAGAAGUGACCAGGACAUUCAGUUUGGUCUGAAAGUGAAUUUCAAGACUCAAGUUGAACCCAGAGAUGGUGCAUAUGAACCAGAAAGUACUGUCGAAGCAUUAGAGGAUGUAUGCAUAGAGAGCUUGGUACUAGAACCUUCUGAAGCAACAAGUCCAGCCAGCAUUGUGGAGAAGGUAGAUCUAUCACUGCCUGCUCCUUUAAAUGACGAGCAGCAAAAGACUCCCCUUGAUGUCAAGGUGCUUUGUCCAGAAAGUCUGGACACAAUGCAAGCUUGCGUGGAAGCCUUCCAGGAAAUGGAGCUCAUUAUGAUCCUGCAUUACUUGGAUAAGAACCACAAAAUGCAUGCUGAGGCUAUUUAUGGCCCAGCUCGCUGUGCUCCUUCUUCCCCUUCUCCCCAGCUCCAUGGUAUCCAUGUCCUCAAGAAGAAUCAGUUCAUCUUGAGGAUCCCAUUGCUGAAGAACCAGCUGACAAUGAAGCAGAAGCAGAGUACCAGCAGCAGGAAGUCCUAGACAUGCCUCAGACCACAGCCACGCAGACCGAGGUUGUCCAGCAGGAACUUCAAGAGAUCAUUGCCAAGCUUGUGCAGAAGGAGAGAGAGAAAAUGAACAACAGUGGUGCAAAGUGCCCCAUGCUGAGCAUAAGAGGAGGCAUGACUCAAGCUUCUCACUGCAGAUCCGAGGAUGGCUAGGUGGUCAGCAUGUUUCCAGCGCCAUCCACAGCCCUGUGUCCAAUGGUGUCUCCUCUGCUGAAGGCUUGCUCAGUGCAAAUGCUACCAGAUCAGGUGGUAGCCACUUGCUUCGUUCGAUAUCAGAUGUAGCUGCACUGGCCAAGAAGCUUGAUGUCCUGAAAAGUGGGAGGAAGAUACAAGAAAAGAAGUCGACCUCUUUUGGGAAACGUUCAGGGAGGCUGUAUGGUGGUGUUUCAGCCAGUGUCAGUGAAUGGGACCUUAGAAUUCAAGAAAGGUCUCAUGAUGCUGGAUUACAUGAUGGAGAGUCACAGCGGUCUCAAUCGCUUCAGCUUCUUGAACAUUUCGGGAAUACCAAGGCGGAGUUUAAACCAUGUUCUUCAUCUAGCAGUAGUUGUGGCACAGAUACAAGUGUUAAAGGAUCGGAAAACCUAAUUUCUGAUCUUAGCAGUUCUGUAGCUGCUUCAGCAAGCACCAGCUUAAGCACAUCAUUAGAGAGACAGAGCUCUGUGGCUGAGACCACACUUUACAGCAGUGUCAGUUCACUGCAGAAUCAGGCAUCUCUUGGUGGGGAGAGACUCUCACAGCCGUGUUCGUCCUGCUCAUCAGCUGCUCAGGAAGGAAGCUUAUGCACCAGCAGCCUUGGCAAGUCUGAUGAACAUAGGACAAGCACCAAAGCCUCAUUCAAUGCUGGGUCUUUGAUGAUGAGUAGAAGAGAUGAGCCACAUGCUGCAAGCACUGGGCCUACAGCUGUGCUUGCAAAGCAAAGCAGAGGUGAAGAAGUCUUUUCUCGGAGAAAGGCUAGUUGUGUGAAGAUUGGAGGAAAACAGUGUAGCCCUGCUACAGAAGGAGAGCAAAGUCAUUGAACCAUUACAGUCAAGUUGUGAUGUGACUGCAAAUGCUCUUCCCAAGCUAAUUCGAUCGCGUAGCCUUCGCAAGUCAUCUUCAGAUAUCGUGAGUUUUCAGAAGGCCUUGAUGGAACUAAAAGAAAACAGUGAUGCUUCUCUUGAUAAGAUUGUAAGUGAAGACACAUCAGACACUUCUCUUUCUUCAGCAAAUCUGACCAAGUCUUCCAACAAAAGUGAAAUGGCUAAGAAUUCAAAGAGUUAUAGAGACUGUGUCCUCUCCUAGCAGCCUUUUAACAUGGAUUGCCAGUUUUGUCGAAGAAACAAUUAAGCUUCUGUGCUUUGUUUACAUUUUUGCCACUUUUUUUUCUGGAACUUUCAUUUUACCAGAUGAGGGAGGGUUAUUUGUUUUUAACUGAAGUUGAAGGCUCCAGUUGGGAUUAAUUCAACCUCGGAGUUUAAUUUGACUACACCAAAUUUGGACGUUAUUAACUUCAUUUUUAACUAUUGUUAAUUGCAAAUGACAGAUCGAGUGUGUGCGUGUGUACGUACAGAUCUAUGCGUGCGCGAGAAGGAAAAUAGAGAACGAGUGUAGAUCAAAAGCGCGCGAGCAAUCGAGAGAGUACGUACGUAUGUGUGCGCGCUUGCGUGCGUGCAAGCGAGAGAUCGUGUAUGUUGGGCUUGCGUGCGCUUCCAUGCGAGCGAGUGUGUGUGUGCGCGCUUGCAUGCUUGCACGUGCGAGAGAGAGAGUGUGUGUGUUGCGCUUGCGUGCGAUCGAGUGUGUGUGUGUGUGCUUACGUGCGUGUGAGCGAUACAGUAUGUGUUGCG